GAAGUUUUUUGUUGUUAUUGUUAUUUAUCAAUUACGUCAGUAUUCCCAAUUAUGUAAAGAAAACUGGACUUCGAACGAUUUGAUUUUCAUGAAUACAUCGUGUACAUAAAGUCAGGGAACAGUUUAACUCAUUUAUAGCACAAGAACUAACAAUUGUACAGAUAUCAUGUAUAGGUCAUUUUGAAGAUCCUCUCUUCUCUUCUAAAUCACAUGGAAAACCAUCUCCCUUGCGUCACCAAAAUUAAAUUCGUGACAAGCUGAAAUCACCUGAAAAACAAAACUGAAAAGUGCCACAUGGUAACAAACCAAUCAGGAGGAUUGAGGAAAAUUGGUAUCAUUCCAGAUCGCUUAUCAUGUUGUCGUCGUAUUUACAAUGCCCAACUAGAGCACAUAGAUAAAUUGGAAAUGAUAUGGAUAUACCUAUAAAGUCUCUUGGUAUCACCAGAAUCUUCUGUUGUGACUGCUCACUUCGAGAAUAAUGAAGAUGAACAUCUUGACAUCAAUAGUUUUUUCUGUUCUAAUCGCCAAUGCUCGCUCGCAAUAUGUCAAUGAUGAAAUCAAUCCGCUUGGCUUGAAUGAUGCCAAAUACUAUUCCACCGCCCCGACGAACGCGCCAGAUGCUACUACAAUUCCCGACGUUGGGGACGCUACAUUCGGCUGCCGCACCGCAGGAAUGUAUCCCGAUCCAUUCGAUUGCAACAGAUACCAUCAUUGCGCUCGCCAUGGGAACGACGGUUGGACCAAAAGCCCCUUAGAGCACUACAGCGAUACGUGUAACUGUGGCUACGCGUACAACGCGAGGACGACCUUCUGCGAUAUAUCGCUCAGGAACGGCACGUGCAACAGUGACCCUGUCGCCGCGUGUCGACACGUGGGGCAAAACGGCGUGAUGAAGUACAAUCCUUCGGUGUACUACAUUUGUCAAUAUCAUCCAAAUGGACCGCUGUAUCCCUUUAUGUAUGCCUGCGAAAAUGGUAAAAAGUAUAACACGUACUUGUACCUUUGCGAAUAAGGCUUUUAAUUAAAAAAAGUUGUGCUGUAUUAUAUUACAUAAGGUUUUUUAUACAUU